AUGGAAGGACUAUGUCAAGAGGAUGGGAUGAUGAUGGCGGUGCUCGAGAUCAACUUCACCGAACACAACGCGAGCAACUGUGAGACAAAGGCGAACUCGACUGGUGUGAGCCUCUGUCAGGAGUUCUACGCAUACUUCACCCCAUUCAUCCUCGUCAUAGGUCUGACGGGCAACCUGCUCUCCCUGCGGGUGUUCAUGACUCGAAACAUGAGGAAGCUGUCGGCCAGUAUCUACCUCGCCGCCCUGUCGCUGUCGGACAUUUUCGCUCUGCUGUUCUACGUCGUACUGGAGUGGCUGCGACGAGGGAUGCCGUCCAUAUCGGAGGGAUUUCUGCCGCACUUCCUGGAGACUCGCGGCAUCUGUCAGCUGUCCCUGUACCUGUCUUACAUCAGCCGGUUCCUCUCCGCCUGGUUCGUCGUCACGUUCACCGUCGAGAGAUACAUCGGAGUGUGCCACCCGUUGCGGCGGAAGGACCUGUGCGGGAGCCGGUCGGCGCAAAAGGCGAUAGGAAGCAUCGCGGUGAUCGGUCUGUGUCUGAUGGUCUACAAGCCGAUCAUCAGUGGGGUCUACCAUGUGGGUCCGACGAGGAUCUCUCGCUGCACGUUCGACCCGGACUUCAGGUUCCUGUCGUUCGUGCUCGACAACAUCUUCGCCGUGUUCAUCACCCUCGUGCCCAUCGUCAUCAUCUCCGUGCUGAACACGAUGAUCAUCCGCAAGCUCUGCCAGCGCUAUCGCGUCCAUCGCCGUUCUCAGCGCAGCUCCGUCAGCGUGGACAGCGUCAUCCGUCUGGAGUUCACCAUCAUCCCUCUCGUCGUCUCCUUCGUGUUCGUCAUGCUCAACCUUCCUUUCUUCUGCGUCUGGAUCAAGCUAUUCCUGCUGUCGGAGACGGUCUCCACCUCGCAUGUCGUACACAACAUCACGGGUCUGCAUGACGCCCUGCUCGUGACCCGCGUCAUCUUCUACAUGAACUACUGCGUCAACUUCUUCCUCUACAGCAUCACCGGCGCCUACUUUAGACGCGAGCUGUGCACGCUGUUUGUGUUCUGGAACAAAAGACGAUAA